AUGGCACCGUGGCCCAACGGGGACAUUUGCUGUUGCGUGCGAGUGUCCUCCUCUGCUCUGAGCGACACCAGCCAGAAGGACCCGGCGGUGGAGCAGGAUUUGGCCGAGGAAAUCAUCCUGGGCAUACGAGCCGUGGAGCCGCCGGAGGAGGGUAAGAUCACCAAAGAGGUGGUACCAGGUAUAGAGGUCUUCUCCAGCAGCGCCUGGGCUCCACAGGGCCCCCUCGAAGCCCAGGUGGAACCAGAGGAGGACCACAAUCACCUCCACCACCCCGAGGACAAUGCCAGGGAGGCCAAUGUCCGCAGGCCACCCUGGAUGCUGUCCCUGCAGGUGCAGAGUGGCCCGGAGGAGGACCGCGACCAUCUCCACCACGGCUGA